CCACAACUCAAAAGAUUCGGUUUAGGUACGCGACGCCCCGACCUCGAACUCUUCUCCAUUCAUUCCUGUCCUAAAAUCUCUCUCUCUCUCUUUCAUCUAUGUUUAUUAUUCCUUUCUCUGAUUCCAUUUAGAUCCAAUAUUCUUUCUCCAUUUCAAAAAAGAUCCAAGAGCUGCUUCUUCCUCCACCCACUUCUCUAUAGAUCUAAAAACCUAUUGCCCUUGUUCACUUUCUAAACCUCCAUAGCCAUUAACAGUAAUGAUGGUUAAUAAGAUGGAAUACGCCCAGAAAAUGCAGAGGUGUCAUGAGUAUGUUGAAGCUCUCAAAGAAGAACAAAAGAAAAUUCAAGUGUUUCAACGAGAGCUUCCUUUAUGCUUAGAACUCGUUACACAAGCGAUCGAAGCUUGUAAAAAGGAGUUAUCCGGUACGUCAACGACGACGUCAUCAGAGCAGUGUAACUCAGAGCAGACAGCGAGCGUGUGUGGUGGUCCAAUACUCGAAGAGUUCAUACCGAUCAAGAAAAGCAACGACGGAGAACACGAGUCUCCACGUGAGAUUGAGAAGAGCGACGUGGACAGCAAGAAAUCGGACUGGCUUAGAUCUGCUCAUCUAUGGAACCAUUCGCCUGAUCCAGACACGACAGUAGUAGCGGAGGUAGCAGCGGCUAAGAAGGCGAGAGUUGUCGAGGUGAAACCGAACAGCAACAACCGCUGCGGUUUUCAGCCGUUUCAGAAGGAGACCAAACGCGUUAUCUCGGAGCAGGCGACGACUUGUUCCACCACGGAGGCCGGCAGUGCCGGACAUGAACAGCAACCGCAGUCACAGACUCAUAGAAAACAGAGGCGGUGCUGGUCGCCGGAGUUACACCGGCGGUUCCUUCACGCGCUUCAGCAGCUCGGGGGAUCGCAUGUUGCGACACCAAAACAGAUCAGAGAUCAUAUGAAAGUCGAUGGAUUAACCAACGACGAAGUUAAAAGCCAUUUACAGAAAUAUAGACUUCACACAAGAAGGCCAGCCACGGCUCAGGGUAACGGAAAUUCGCAACAACCGCAAUUUGUGGUGGUCGGAGGGAUAUGGGUACCGUCACCGCAAGAUUUUCCUCCACCGUCAAAUGUAGCCAAUAGCAGUGGUGGUGUAUGCACUCCGGUGACGGCGCAACCACCGAAAUCUCCUAAGCGUUCGGUGGAGAGAAGUAGCGGCCGGUGCAACUCACCGGCGGCAUCUUCCUCGACAAAUACAACCACAACUUCUUCUCCUGUGUCAUAGUUGUGGUUUUGGUGCAAGUGAGUGUAAGAUAGAGUCUUACGUGUUCUUUUUUGUGUUUGUGUUAAAAGUUUUGACCAAUCUUUGUGAUGGUUGAUAUAAUUUUAUCAUCAGAUUUUAGAAUAAUACGUUAUACGAUAUACGAGUUUGAUUUUUGAAAAGAGAGUUUGAUUCUUAAUUAGCUCUUAUAUCGCAUCCUUCAUCCGUUUUUCUUCUCGAAUUUGUUCUUCCUUGGUAAUAUGUCCUUCUCGCAUAUACGCAUGUAACACAACCGUAUGAAGGUUAUGGAAGAGAUACACCGUCCAAGUACACAAAUAGAAGCUUUAGGAUCAUAAUAUAUAAUCUGAAGAUUAAUCAUAAUUAUUAUUUUUGAAAAAAAAACUUGAGUAGGAACUAAAUUACACUCACGGAAGAGCAAAAAAAAAAACCCUUCUCUCUCGAAGACUAGAAAGCUUCUUGUUGCAGCUCCGGCGUUGGUAGUGCGUGCGAGCGCGUGACGACGUCGGAGGCGUCCGGCUUCUACAUUUCUUCUCCUUUGCUUUGCUGCUACUCGAUUCCCACCAUCUCUUCUGAUAUGCUUGCGUUCCUGGUUUUAGGGUUUUGUUACAACGGCGGCUCCGCUCGCGAUGAGUGGAUUUCCGGUGGUAUCUCCUCUUCUUCUGGUAUCGUGGCGAGGCUGUAGAUGUGACGAUUUGUAGUGGUGGUCGGAUUUAGAGUUUUGUGAGGGUAUCGUUUUCUCUUGUUGAUCUUCUCCAGAUUUUAGGUUUGGUUUCGAUGUCAGUGUGUGAGGUUUGGAAUCAGGAUCUACCCUCUGUUUUUUCUUCGGAACUAACAGUAGUGGCCUCUGUGGAGGGAGCUCUCGGAGCCUUGGCAGGGUUGAUUGGUAAGUUAACGCUCUUGUCGGUUUGAGAGGAGUGCUAGAGGAGAUGGCCUUUUAUGCUGCUGAAGCUUUGAAGCGGUUUCGACCGUAGUUGAAUCUGUGUGUUUUUGGUUUCGGAAUGGUUAGUCUCCGAUUUCUGGCUGUAUUAAUAAGACGUUUUCGGGAAGAUGUUCUUAGCUUGGCCGUGGGAUGGUGGUGCGCUGAAGGCGCGGGGUGAGCCUGUUACAAGGUCCAAUGGCAAGACUUUAGUUGGAAUUGUAGGGUAAUUACAGCGACGGGUCCGGGUACUAGCUGAUUCUGGUUUUAUCUGCUUGGUUUCUCGCAUGAGAGUGUCAAGAUGGUCUCCCGUCUCCUUUCAUUGUGCUUAUUUGGUGUUGUGUUCUUGCCUUUUGGUUUGUCUGUGAGUAAGCGAUUGAGCUCUUCCUUUGUCUAGGCCUUUGGUUCUGGUUUGAUCUUAUGCCUUUUUGUUUAUUAAGCUUUGUGUUCGGUAGGAUUGUGUUUUUUCUGUUUGGUUAUGUCUCUGGAAGGACUUUGAUCUUUGCCGGCUCUUGGCUUUGGAGGGACUGUAUUCUCUGCCAACUGUUGUAGUUCAACAUUUGUUUCCUCAAGUU